AUGACCAAACAUGAUAUCAGCAGCGAUGCUAUCGACACCACCACAGAGCGCAGCCCGCUGCUCAGUCGUCAGUACCCCCAGCAUCAUGAUAGUCGGCAGGAUGUCGAAACAGCACAGCCACCACGGCCAGCAUCGAGGCCGGGCCACCGCCGCGCCGCGCCGUCGAUAGCAUCCAUCGCGGGCAGCCUCCACGUGCCCAAGACGCACAACCCGCAGGUGAUCCUAGCCAUCAUCUGCGUCGUUGUCCUGAUCGGGUCCGGCUCGGGCGGCCUGUUCGGCAUCCCCAUGACCCGGAUCCUGGAGGACCGGCUGUGCCACGAGUACUACGGCCGGGUGCGGACACACGCCGAGCUCCAGGAGCCCAUCGACGAGGAACUGUGCAAGGUCGAAACCAUCCAGUCUAAGCUGGCGUAUCUCUUUGCCACCGCCUCGGUUCUCGAGGCCGUCGUAGGCUGUACGUUUGCCAUGCCCUGGGGUAUUGCUGCGGACCGAAUUGGCCGACGGCCCGUGUUUGCCAUCGCCCUAACGGGCAUGUUGUUCACAGGGUUUUGGGGCAUGAUUGUGGCCUAUAUUCGCGAGAUCCCCAUCCACUACUACUGGCUAGGACCCCUGGGCCACGCACUUGGAGGAGGCAACGCCGUCUUGUCGGCCACGCUCUCCAGCAUGAUGGCGGACAUCCUCCCGGAGCAGGACAGGGCAAUCGGCUUCAUGCGGAUUCACGUGUCCAGCAUGAUCGGCAACCUCUGCUCGCCCGCGCUCUCUUCUGUGCUGAUGCCCGUGGUCGGGCCGUGGCCCCUGCUGUGGGCAUCACAGGCAAUGACGGCCGUAUCGGCGAUAGCGAUCCUGUUCGUGCCGGAGACGCUAACGCACCAUAGGAAGGCGUCCGGCCCGGAUGAGAACGAUGCUGGCGUCGGGGCCUUGGACGCGGGCAGCCUGGUGACGCGCGUCCGCCGCUCGCUGGUCGAGCUCAGGGACUCGCUCUCGAUGCUGACGUCGCGGUCCGUGGUGCUGCUGAUGCUGGUGACGCUGACCAUGAUGCCCAUCCUCUUCAGCACGCUGCAGUUCCUGCCCAUGUUUGCGUCUAAGCGGUACCACAUGCCGCUCGCACAGACGGGCUAUAUCCAGGGCGCGUACGGGGCCGCGCAGCUGGUCGUGGUCAUGGUCGUGGUCCCGUGGAUCUCUGCCAUGGUCAUGCGGCCCGGCGUCCCGCGGGCUGUGCGCAUGCCCGACGAGAAGACGCGCGACCUGGUGCUGUUGCGCUGGUCCUUCGUGGCGCUCUGCCUUGGCACGCUGGCCAUGAGCGUCUCGCCGGUGCUUCCUGGGUUCGUGUGCGGCCUGGUCCUGAUGAGUUUCGGGUCGGGUGCGAGCAGCUUCGUAAAGAGCACGCUGGCGGCGCUGGUGGAUCAGGAGCACCGGACGCGCAUGUUCAGUCUCCAGGGGAUCGUCGACAUCAUGGGCAGCAUCUACGCGCUCCCGUCGCUGGCGGGGCUGUUCACCGCGGGCAUGAAGCUGGGCGGUUUGUGGAUCGGCCUGCCGUACUUGGGCGUUGCCAUUUUGUGCGCUUUUGAUGUGGGAUUGCUUGCAUUUGUGCGGCCUCCCGUGGUCAGUCUGGAGAGCGACCAUGCUGGCCUGACAUCGGACAGCGAGUCCGACACUGUCGUGGAAGACGAUAGCUUCUAA